AUGAAGGAGAAGCCAGUCAAGACCAAAAAAGAAGACGACGAAAAGGAAUCACCCGCCUCCAUGUCAACCCUCAAAAAGCGAACUCGCGAAAGGAGUGAAAGGAUGGAUGGAGACGACGCAGACGAGCGGGAAUACCUCACCAAGAGGAACAAAAUCGAGGCAGACGCUCUCAGGGAGAUUGAUAUAUGUCCUUACACCCACUGA